CCAGGACGCACCUCUGUCCGAUUCCUGCGACGCGUCUCGCACCCCGAUGGUCGCAGACCUGAGUUGUAAUUCUGCUUUAAGAUGGACCCUGGUACGUAGCUCCGGCUUGGCAUAUGAAACUUCGGGAUCCAUGCAACAUCCCAACAAGAUUAUUGACAACUCACGCACCUACGACGUCCUUCGAGCCACCGUGCUCGCGAAUUCACGCUCCUCUAGUUUGCUAUGGCUUCGCUGGGGAACGUAUGCAGGCUCUCUGCUCGCUUGACGAGCUCUCAAUUGCGCAACAAUGUCUCUGCUCGGGGCUUUCGCACAGCGACAGCAAGCUUUGCAGCGCACAACUUUACUAUGCCAGCCAUGUCGCCAACUAUGACCGAGGGCAACAUCAGCAGUUGGAAGGUCAAAGAAGGUGAUAGUUUCUCCACUGGCGAUAUUCUACUUGAGAUCGAGACAGACAAAGCUCAGAUGGAGGUCGAAGCGACAGAUGACGGUGUCAUGGCAAAGAUCACUCAAGGAGACGGCAGUAAGGGUGUAAAGGUUGGAGCUCGUAUAGCAGUCCUUGCUGAUCCUGACGAGGAUCUCUCCUCUCUUGAGAUUCCCGCCGAAGAUACGCCCAAGAUAUCGCAGCCAGGAAAGUCGGAGAAGCCUACCCAACAAGAAUCUGCACCCGCGAAAGAGUCGCAACCACAAGAAGCGGAGCGCAAAACUGAAGUCGGAAACAUGCCGUCGAGUGCUGGAGAGCCCAAGCAACAAAGCUACCCUCUCUAUCCUUCCGUCCAAUUCCUCCUGCAUUCCAACGGCCUCAGCAAUUCUGAAGCCUCCAAGAUCCCGGCCACAGGUCCCAACGGCCGCAUCCUCAAAGGCGACGUCCUCGCAUACUUAGGCCGUAUCGAGAAGUCCUACUCCGCCGAACAGUCCAAACGCAUUGCCAAGCUCGGCCACCUCGACCUCUCUAACAUCAAGCUCGCCGCGCCGCACGCCCAGAAAGACAUCAAGCCCACCACCAAAGAAGUCCAACCGGUGCCAGAACCCCCAGUCGAACUCUCCCUUCCCAUAUCCCUCACUGCUGUCCUCGCAACUCAGUCUCGCCUCGAAAAGACUCUCGGUAUUCAUCUCCCUACCUCCACAUUCGUUGCGCGCGCAAUCGACCUCGCAAACUCCGACCUGCCCAACUCACCCAACCGCAAGCCCACCGCCAACGACCUAUUCAAUUCCGUGCUUGGUCUCGACAGCCUGAGCCCUCGCACUACUUACGGACAUUUCAACCCACAAAUCACACCCUAUGCGCUCAAGAGCGCCGGGGCCCCCGCGCAGCCCGUGCCUAUGCAUAAGAGGAAAACAGAUAUUUUUGAUGAGAUCCUCGGUUCAAAGCCAAAGACAAGAAACCUGCCCGCGCCAGCAACAGCGAGGCCCGUGAAGGAGGCAGUGAAUGUGUUUACCGUCAGUGCGAGCAGAGGCGACGAGAAGCGCGCGAUGAUAUUCUUGGAAAGGGUGAAGACGGCGUUGGAGGCGGAGCCAGGGACUCUGGUGCUGUAGGUGGAAGCUUGUAACCUACGAAACAGGCAGGCAUGCCUGAUGUCUCUGACAGCCGCUUGUACAGUACAUGUAUGCUGUUUUGUUUUCUCUUAGCGAUAUAGAAUUCUGCUUUGAACAAAUGGCUAUCUGGUAAAAUUUUCA